CUUAACCCAAGCGCACUACUCAAAAUAAUACUGAUAAUACAAGUUUUGUCUGUUAUCAUCAGCUUGUUUUUUGAUGAAAAAGAAAAUUUUACCAUACUCUAGUUAUAGAUAAGUGGUGUGUGAUUGGUUUCUUGACCUAAAGAUUAUGACUUCUUUCGGAAAAUAUGUUAGUAAUUUUGUCAAGACUGCGGUUUCGUCUAUUUCACCUAAUAAAGUAAUACCUUAUACUUUAAGUCAGUAUGAAUCUGAAUACGAAGAUUGUGAACAAUUACUACAUCAAAAGUCAAUUUAUUACUUCUACAAAGUGGCUAAUCAUUUUGAUAUGAUUUAUUUACCUGGAUCAGUUGGCAUUCCAAUCAACGGAGAGACUGUUUAUGCCUACAGUUUAUUUAGAUUUCAAGGUGAACAAGAAGCGGGCGUUGUUGUAUUUCUACGAUACAUAGAAGUUUUGGAUCCUUUUCAUCUAGCCUGCAUAAAUAUGAAACUAUCUAUUGAUCGUACACAUUUGGAAAAAAUAACUGCCUAUUGUCGAAACCAGUGUGGUUGGGCAGCUGCUCAUGUAGCUGCAGCAAUGUCGUGGCAUGAGGUUUUUUUAAGUGAAUCAGUAAACAACCUUCUAAAUAUGUAUGAUCCUCUUUCUGGUCUAACUCCAUUAAGGGUUGCAAUCAAAGAGAAUGAUGAGGAAACAGUUAGGUUUUUAGUAACCUUAGAUAAUAUCAAAGCAACUGAAAAAGAUGAAGAUGGUAAUACUGUUCUCCAUUUGGUUUCGGGAGAUACUUCGGUGAAGAUUUUAUCUCUACUUCUUGAAAAUCUUCAAAAUUUAAAUGUGAAUGCUUUGAAUAAAAAAGGCGAAUCUCCUCUACAUAUUGCUUGUCGUAAUAAUUCUAUGGAAUGUAUUGAAAUACUGCUUAAAGCUGGUUGUAAUCCUAUGAUUGGUGAAUUCGAAUCAUUUCCUAUUCAUAUUGCUGUCAAUAAUGAUUCACUCGAAUGUGUUAAUCUGCUUUACACUUACUGCCCUAAUUGUAUCAAUCUACCAGAUUUAAUAAAUCAUAAUACUCCAAUUCAUUUGGUGCAUAAUUCCAAAAUCUUUGAGAGAUUAUGUAUACUUGGAGCUAAUUUAGAUGCACGCAAUGAUUCCGGAUUGACUGUGUUGCAUAUGAAAGUACACGAUAAUAAUUUCGAAGAUGUUUUGGCCUUGUUAAUUCGUGGUGCCGAUCCAAAUCUAUGUGAUAUUAAUGGAGCAACUCCUUUACAUUAUGCGAUGACUUAUAAUGCAUCCAUUCAUACUAUUCGUGCAUUAUUGGCAUUUGAAGCAGAUCCCUAUGCUUUGGAUAAUAAUCAACAUAGUUGUCGACACUUGUUAUGUAGUAAUUCUGAAAGUUAUGUGCCUACACCUGAUCGAGAUUUAGCCUUGUACACUUUAGAUGCAUUAGGUAUUAGCCGAUGUCCUCCUGGGACUAUUAAUUGUACAGAAGGUUGUAUUGAUUUGGAAUGUGCCGAAAAAUGUAAUCUAUCUGUAUUUAAUGGUACACCUCCAGAAGUUGUUCCUCAUUUAGCAGAUCUCGCACGUGAAUCCAUUGAAGAAAUUCUCUUAUCCACUACUUCAUUUGAUUUUAAUUAUUCAAAUCAAAGCAAUCAAAUGUCAAAAUUUCAAACAAUGUCUAAUAAUGACUUAUCGAAUGGUAUGCGAUUACGUUCAUACAAUUCUCAUUCAGAAAAUUAUACUAUAAAUAACGAUAAUAUGAGACAGCAAAAAUCACGUAAAAAAUUAUCAAAACUACAAAGACGAUAUUCAUAUUAUGGAAAGUUCAAUCGACAAACAGAAUCUUCUUCACACAGUGGUAGUGUACAUCUGGCAUCUUUUGGUAUUCCUUCCGAUUCGGAUAUCGAACUAACAUCGAAUUCAAAUUCAACUGAACAAUUAGAUUACACUAAAUUUACUAGUUGUACUAUGAAUUCACCACAACAGUCGCCUGACGAUACAAAUUCCAAUAAAGUACAUUUGCCACAAGAGGCGACAUUUAAUUUCAAGCCUACAAAAUGUAAUUGUGACCGCUCUGUAUUCAUUAAACGUAACGGAAUGCCUAUGGAUUUAGACAGAUCAUUAUCGACACCAGCAGCAACAACUUUCGCCGGUAAUACUUUUGGCACUAUUCCUCCAAACACCGAUGUUAUUGAUUUAACUGGUAAUGAAGUAAAAGAUUUCGACAAAUUCAUCGAUAAAAAUGAACUGUCUGAUAUAAAUCCAAGUGGUAAUGAUGCUGUUAACGAUAACUAUUACAAUUUUCCCAGUAGUCAACUUCGUGUUAAACAAUCGAAAAAAUGGAAAAGUGGACCUAAUGGUCUUCGUGUUCUAUCGCUUGAUGGUGGUGGCAUGCGUGGAUUGGUUAUUGUGGAAUUACUUCGUGCUUUAGAAAUAGCAUCUGGAAAAAAAAUUACAGAAUUGUUUGAUUGGGUCAUCGGUACUUCAACUGGUGCUGCCAUAUCAUUAUUCGUAAUAUCUGGCAAAUGUUUACAUUGUUGUCGUACAUUGUUAUUUCGAUUCAAAGAUCUUGUUUUCUGUGGUAAACGACCAUAUCCACCUGAACCAUUAGAAACGUUAAUGCGUGAUGAAUUCGGUGAUUAUACUGUAAUGACUGAUUUAAAAACAGUGAGAGUUGCUGUAACCACACUUGUCAGUGAUCGAUGUCCACCGGUGUUGCAUAUGUUCAGAAACUAUAAAUCUCCCCGUGCUCGAAUACAACAAAUCCUAGAAACACGUCAAUAUGGGUCAAAGUCUUCUGUUUAUCAACCAAUACACAAUAAAGGUAAUAGAUUGACCCAUCGUCGAUCAACUUCUGCUGUCAAUGAACUUGAACGUGAAGCUGCUUCUCCAAAAUCGUCAACCCUUUCAACUUCCCAAUCAAUUUUAAAUUUUUUCGCAAAUGCUCAGGGAUUGUUAAUAGGUAGUGAAACAAGUGCUAAUCUUUCAACUUCCGACACUGAUCUAAAUAAGCAGUUCGAACAAAUGCCUGCAGAUAAUGAACAUCCAGUUUGGAAAGCUGCUCGAGCUUCAAGUGCUGCACCAACAUAUUUUAGACCUUGUGGACGGUUUUUAGAUGGUGGAUUAAUUUCAAAUAAUCCAACAUUGGAUAUUUUAACAGAAAUUCAAGAAUUACAACUUCUACAACGUUUAAAAAAUAAACCAAUAACUCCAAUAGCAGUGGUUGUUUCCCUUGGAACUGGAAGGAUGCCUGUAAUGCCUGUAGAGACAGUAGAUGUAUUUCGUCCACAAAAUAUCAUGGAAACAUAUCGAUCUGUACGUGGUUUUGGAUUCCUUGGUCGUAUUCUGGUUGAAAUUGCUACUAUGUCGGAUGGUCGAGUUGUUGAUCGUGCCAGUGCAUGGUGUGGUUCACUUGGAGUACCAUUCUUUCGAUUCAGCCCUCCAUUAUCAACUGAUGUUGGUCUUGACUCCACCGAUUCUAAAGAACUUUUACUAAUGAUUGUUGAAACUCAAACAUAUUUACGUCGAGUUCGUGAACGGAUUGAACUUUUAGCUUCAUUGUUGCAAUAAACUGUAUUCAUAUAUAUAUAUAUAUAUAAACAUAAAUUUUCAGUUGUUUUACAGACUAUUUUUGAGAUAUCAAUACAAUGAUUUUUUUUUCGAUAUAACUAUAUUAUCAAACUUAUUAUCAUUAUUCGACGGACAUAAUUUUUUUAAAUUUGACGUAUAAAAUCAAGAUUCCCAACUAAAAGGUAUUGUUUCGAUUUUAAUUGACCCAUUCUUCACCUUUGUUUUCCAAUUAUUUAUAAAGCUUCGUUUUUUAUUAUCUCUAAUUCAUCAUGUUUAUUUGUACUUUGUAUAAAAAUAUUUCAGUACUUUAUUUUGUUAAACAAUCGACGUGAAACAAGUUUGUAUACAUACAGACGCUCUGCUUUACACUUUGUUUUCUAUCGGUUUAACUAUUUUGAUUUCGAUUGCUGUUUUCAUUGUUUUAAAACAAUCAGUUGGUAUAUUUUAAAUAAUCCCUCUAAUGAAGAAGAAUUUAUGUACGAUAUUAUUUCAUUGACAAUCAUUUAGUUUCACAAUAUUAAUAGACACUAUCA